CGCCGCCGCCCCCCCCAAACAGCUGACCACAUCAGGGUAUAUUGCAUAGAAGGUAGGUGCGAGGGGCCUAAUAAACACCCUCAUAUCCGGCACACUCAUUGGAAAUCCAAUCAAAAAAUAUCAAACCAAACCAAAAAAAAAUGACCAAAAGCAAAAAGAAAACACGUGAAUCAAACCCCGCCAAGGAAGCCGCCCAGGCCACCAAUGACCGUCUGGACACUUUUAACGAUGCCUAUACAAGCGGCGCCUUCAAGUACCUGCGACUCCUUGUGCACGUGCUAUCAGCUGCACAGUUCUCGUAUGGAAUCUAUUUUCACUAUUUCCGUGUGCACUGGCCCAAGGAUUUGGAGGAGGAGGAGCUCAAGGCACGCUGGGGCGGCAAAUUCAAGUAUCUAACAUUCCUGGACGUCAUAUUGCAGGCCAUAUAUCAUAGCUUGGCCUUGCUGAACGAUCUUUUCGGCGACAACACGGUCCAAGUGGCGUCAAAGUCCAAGCUGCGAUCUGUGCGCGACUAUAUUUUUUCGGCACUGGCCUUUCCCGUCGCCCAUAAUGUUUGCAUCUCAUUCUGGGUCAUUUAUAUAUGGGAUCGUGAGCUCAUCUUUCCCUCGGCUCUGGACGCCAUAUUUCCGAGCUGGCUGAACCAUGUGGUGCAUACGAAUGUGGCCCUGCUGGCGGUAAUGGAUAUGUUUACGUGCUUCCGGCAAUACCCCAGCCGCCUGGCCGGCGUCACGGGCAACAUUUCCUUCAUCCUACUAUACAUUAUUUGGCUGCACAUAGUUCGUUACUUCAGCGGCGAGUGGGUCUAUCCCAUUUUGGAGGUGUUACCUCUGGCGUUGCGCUACCUGUUUCUGGGCCUUUUGGUGGGCUUCAAUCUCGUUUGUUACUUGCUGGGCGAGUUCUGCAACAACAUUGUCUGGGCACAAGAGUUGAAGCUGCUGCAGCAGCAGCAGAAAUUCAAACAGGGAUAGGAUUAAGGAUUUAAAAUCGUUUUAUUAGUCACACAAAAAACAUAUGAGAUAUUUUGUAAACGUUGUAAAGGCACUUUCUGUAAUACCAUUUGUGUUCUUGCGUUAUUCGUUGUGCUUGUUGGUUGCCCCUGAAAGAGGCUGCAGCUGCUGUUUCUGCACUUGUUAAAGCGUUGUAGCUAUAUUUAAUCUAUAGUCUAGUGUUCAAGGAAACAUCAUUUACAUACAGACAUAGAGGAGGAUGUACUUAAGUGCUAAAUGGGAUAGGAUUUGUAAGAACAUUCGAAAGUCUAAAUCUAUGAGUAUUUUCGUAAAUCGUAAUUUCGCUUAAUUCUGCUCAAUAAAACAAUUAAGGAAAACGCA